AGUAAUGAAUAGCGCAUGCGCACUCGCUUCUCCGGCGGAUAUCAUUAUUGAGGCGGGCAAGGGAUUGAUGAUGAUGAUGUUGAUGUUGAUGAUGAUGAUGCUGCUAAGUGGAUUCAACAACGUCCAGAAUAAAGCCCUGACGCAUCGGCAUGAGCAUUGAACCCUGAUAGAAGAGGAGCAGGAGAAUGAGACAGCGCUUUGUAGAUAAACAAUGGCAGCAGGGGCAUCGGAUGGUGAUUUACGGGGCGGUCUUCCUCAUCAUGACCCUCCUCAUCCUCUACAGCUCCAACAGCUCAGCUGAUCUUUACAGCCCCUUUAAAGUCAACGAGUUUCACCACGCCGUCAAACACACCAACCUCAAGAAAUGGUCCGGGAAGGAGGGAUACAUUCCUGUUUACGGCAACAAGAGCAUGAAGCUGCACUGCCAUCAGUGUGCGUUAGUGACCAGCUCCAGUCACGUGUUGGGGACUCACGCCGGAGACGAGAUCGACCGCACAGAGUGCAUCAUCCGCAUGAACGACGCCCCAACCUCCGGCUACGAAUCAGACGUGGGGAACCGGACCAGCGUGCGCGUCGUGGCUCAUUCCAGCGUCUUCCGGGUGGUACGCAAACCUGCCGAGUUCCUCAAUCGCUCAGAGAGCCCUGCCAUCAUAUUCUGGGGCCCGUCGACGAAGAUCGGCCGCGAGGCGAAGGGAACGCUGUACCGUCUGAUCCAGAGAGUCAGCAUGACCUACAGUAACCUGUCCUUCUUCCUCAUCUCUCCCAGCAAAAUGCAGAGGUUCGACACGCUCUUUCAGAAAGAGACCGGCCGAGACAGAAAAAAGUCUCAGUCCUGGUUAAGCACAGGCUGGUUUACCAUGGUCAUAGCCAUAGAGAUGUGUGACAACAUAAAGGUUUAUGGGAUGGUGCCGCCAAACCAUUGUGGGAAGCGUCCUCAGCCCAAACGGAUGCCCUAUCACUAUUACAAACCAAGAGGUCAGGAUGAGUGUGUGAUGUACCUCCAGAACGAGAGGGGGCGCCGUGGAUCACACCACCGCUUCAUCACUGAGAAACAGGUGUUUGCACGCUGGGCCAAGCAGUACAACAUCAGCUACAGCCACCCGACCUGGUGAGAGACACGUAAUGUACCUCUGUGACCUUCUGAUCCAAGAUGGCUACCAUUUCAAAUCACCUGCUGGUUUCUCUUUGAUCUGGACCAGUGGUUGAGCCAAAAUGGAGGUCGUGCAGGGAUCCAGGAAGUGGACAAUCUUAGUUUUUCUUAGGAACAGAUGAUGGAACGUUUAUUGUCUUAAGCAUGACAGUUACAUACUACGGCCGUGAAGUUUUCCUAAGCCUUCUCUUACACAGUUUUUCACCCACAAUCGGUCAUUUCUCAGAGAAUGCAGGCCUUUUGGAUGGAGAAUGAAAGAGGAAUCCUUUAUGUCAGUUGCCAAAUGGGAGAUUCAUUCACAUCUUGUGGUACAAUCAACACAUCUGAAUGUUAGUCACGUGAAACUACCAGGGAAUAGGAACGAGAAUUUAUCAACUUUACAAGAUUAAGAGUAUAUUUUAUUGUGUACAUAAGAAUGUCAGUUGUUAUUCCCAAAAAAAAAAAAUUUGUACAAGUUUAUAUGGUUUUAAAAUGUCCUAAAAAACACAAUAUUACAAGAAAAUACAAAAAAUUCAAAUACAAAAAAAAAAAAUGUAAACAUUAAAUCACAUCAUUUUCAGAUGAAUAGCACAUAUUGUGAACUUUUUGGGAAGGUGUUGAGAUGGAGAGCUAUUUAUGGCUUUAUGAAUGAAGUUAUAGGAAACCUAAUGUCAGUCAAAGUUCUAGAAUAUUCUAUAAUUCCAUUUAAUAUGAAUCAUCCACUAUAAGACAUGUCCGGGUCAUUUUUCACCACAAAAUCAGAAGAAAUAAAGAAAACCAGGCCUAUAUAAAGUAUUUAAACACAUUUAACAGCCAAUUUUCAUUACUGAAAUUAAAAUUAAUUUAAAUUGUACGAUACAUGUACAUUAUGUAAAGUAUACAUUAUAGUAAUACUUGAUGCACUAAAUGCAAUAUAUGCUUAUUGUGAUUAUUAUUACUGUAUUAUCUAAUUAUACAGGAGUGUUGUUAUGGUUAACUGUAUCACAAAUAGUUUUCGUUAUUUGAAAUGAAGCUGAAAUAAAAUAAAACAUCUGAUUAAAAAUGUACAUUUAAAAAAAUGUAAGGUAAUUUUUAAAUGUUGCUUUGGCAAAAUAACUGAAAUAAGUUUAAGUUGAGUUGCUUUCAAAAGUGAACGUUUUAAAAUUUUAAUGGUACAUUUUUAAAAUGACUAAAGCUGAAAUUAAAAUAAAUAGCAAUAUUAAAAAUGCUUAUAAAGUACACAACAAAAUUAAUAAAAUUUGAAUGAAAACUUAAAAUAUUACAAGAAAAAUGUAAAUGUAAAUUAGAAAUGUUAACGCAAAUAAAAUAAGGUUAAGUACUAAAAUGACUAAAAGUGAAGAAAAAAAUAAAGCCAAACAGAAAUUAAGGUCAUUUGGAAAACAUAUUACUGGACCUAAAAUAGGCAUCAUGUUAAAAAUUAUUUCUUCAUUUUCUUUUGAUUAUGGGGUGAAAUAUGACCAGGACAUAUCAUAUAACCCAAGGAGUACACAAAAUGUACUAUUAUUCAUAAUCAACACCAAAAAUCACUUACAUACUGUGAAGCCUUUCAAGUUAUUAUGACCUUUUUACCAAGUAGUUGUACUGUUAUUGAGCAGUUGUGCAACUUCAGCUGUUAGUGUAUAACACACAUUUCUACGUCACGCUAUGACUCGCUUCUGUUCCCAAAUGAGUAUUUGAUAUGACUGUUGUAAAUGCUCUGCUCUCAUUGGACGACGCUGUUUAUGGCACUGUGCUUUGAUUGGAGAACUCAAGUUGUCAUUGGUAAUGGUAGUCUGUUUACCUUAAGUGCUGCUUUGAAUGUCUUGCCUUCGAUUUGUACAAAAUCCAUAUAAAAACGUCUCACAGACAACAACUGCUCGGAUUCAUCGCCAUUAGAGAAAUAAUUCACUCAAAAACGAAAAUUUUCUGAACAUUUAGAUGUAGAUUUCUCAUCAGAUUUGGAGAAAUGUAGCAUUGCAUCACUUGCUCACCAAUGGAUCCUCUGCAGUGAAUGGGUGCCGUCAGAAAGAGAGUCCAAAAAGCUGUUAAAAACUUCACAAUAAUCCACACCACUCCAGUUCAUCAGUUAAUAUCUGGAGAAGCCAAAAGCUGCGUGUUUGUAAGAAACUAAUCCAUCAUUAAUAUGUUUUUUUAAAUUGAAACCAUUGCUUCUCACUAAAGUAUGAUCCAUCAUGUGUUGAAAAAGUCCCAUCCUGUGUUGUCCUCACAUCAAAAUCCACCAGCGUAAUUGUUUAGAAGUGUUUUUUCGCUUGUAAUCGGUGCUUGAUCUUUGCAGAUUUCUGACAAGAUGACAUUUCCUUGAAAAAAGCAAUAUUAUAUGCAUAGAGGCUUAUUUUAGCCAGAAGCAAAGGUUUGAAGUUAAAACGUCUUGAUGGAUUUAUUUCAUAAAAACAUACAGCUUUUCUCUUUUUACAAGACAUUAACUGCUGGACUGGAUUGGUGAGGAUUACUUGUGGCUUACUGUGAUGUUUUUAUCAGCUGUUUGGACCCUCAUUCUGACGGCACCCAUUCACUGCAGAGCAUCCAUUGGUGAGAAAGUGAUGAAAAGCUACAUUUCUCCAAAAUUUUUGGGUGAACUGUUCCUUUAAGUUGAGCGUGCAUCGCCAAAUGAUGCUCAUAUCGCCUCUAAUCAUCAAGUGUCAAAAAUCAACAAGCAUGAGAAGAACUCAUAGUUUUGAAUGACAUAUUUCACUGUAAACAUUGCAUGUGUUACAUUUCUCAUUGUCAAGUCCUGCUCGAUAAUAAUCCCAUAAUGUCCAAACCUUCAGAGAAUGUGUUUUUUCUUCAUCCAUUAUUUAAAAUCGACCAUCUGCCGAGCACAAGAGCAGAGGGAUUGUGGGUGACAACCAUCUGGGGCUAUUUAAUGUAGAUGCUUUUAUUCUGGAAGGGUUGCGGACGGAAAUCAGUAUUAUUAUGAUGUUUAUUAUUACUCAUGACUGCAGUGAUUUGACAGUAUGAGCUGACUGUUUUGCUCGUUUCUCAUUAUGAAUGUUCUUUACAUGCCUGUCUGAAAAAUAAACAAAUGUAUACAUUUGAAAACAGA